AUGGCUAACGACGAUGGGGCGCACUACCACCAAAGUUGGAAGGACCGCCUCUCGGCCUUUGAGCAACAAUUUGACGCCCAAAGCUCGAGCUUCAUCGCGCAACUCGCCGCGCAGAACGAAAAUCUUGCCGCGCAGGACGCAAUAAUUGCCGAGUUGCAGGCCCGGAUCGCUGAACAAGAAUCCAAGAUAAGACAGCUCAUGAAAUGCCGGAAAAUGUACUUCAACGUACGUGAGCGUUGCUGGCUCGGAUUCCUGCGAGAUUCCUGUGUAGGAGAAGGCGAAAAGCACAAGAACAGGAUCAGACUGUUAAAUUCGGCAUUCGUGCAUGGAGGCGAUGUCACUUCGGACGCCCGCAUGCUCUGCGAAAGACGUCCAGCAGAGGAGAAUCACGCCUUCGAGAGCUUAUAUGGAUUGCAGCCGCAGGAGAUUCUUGGUCUACAAGAGGCUGGUGGCCGUAAGGUGCUUCUACUUUUGAACUUCGUCGGUGACACCAGGCUUCAAGCUAAGUGGAUUUUCAACCAAGCUGAUGACGAAAGCUUGCGAGAAAUUGUGAGGCUGGUAGGGGAGAACCGACUUGAAGAGGCGGGAGAUCUUGCUGAAGCUUUUCCUGUUGAACAAAAGAUUGAAAUUACACGCCACGCUUUACCUUCAAGAAAUUGGGGACUAGGCCAGAUGCCUCUAUAUUGA